UUUAAGCCCCCCCUCUUCCUCCUCCACCAUCAAACCAUAGAUUUCCUUUCAUCUCUCUCUCUAUAUGUACAUUAGGAAGAGAAACUUCUCUGCAUUCAGAAUCUUCCAAGAGAGCAACGACGCUGCAAUGGGUGCUAAUGCAUCGUACGUGCAUCAUGAUGUUCAUACACCAAUGGAGGCUAAGAGAUCUUCGGUUACAGAGAUCCAAUCCAGAAGGCAAUGGAGAUCUCUCUUUGAUUCCGUGAAAAUCACCGAUAAAUUGCUGGUGAUUGAUUUCACUGCUGCAUGGUGCGGACCUUGCAAAGCUAUGGACCCAAAAGUCCAGGAGCUUGCGGCUAAGUACGCAGAGAAAGUUGUGUUUUUGAAGGUUGACGUGGACAGAUUAAUGGAUGUGGCAGGAGCAUACAAUGCCAAUGUGCUGCCGGCGUUUGUGUUUGUCAAGAGAGGUGAGGAGAUUGAUAGAGUUGUCGGAGCCAAACCAGACGAACUCGUGAACAAGAUUGACAAACACUCUGUCUGAAUCAUCAUCAUCAUCAUCAUCAUCAUCAGCUUCUAUUUUUUUCCCCUCAAAUGUUCUUUUUGGUGUAUUUUUGUUUUGUUGGUGAUUAUCAAUGGGUUAUGAAUACUUUAAUCA